UAUAAAUUUAGGCAUAGUGCCAGAGCCGAUUGAAUGAAGCGUCCUUUUACUCGCUUCAGUGAGUAGCUGCAGGUAAUUCAGAGCAGCUCCGCUUUCUCUCCGCUGGGCAAGUAUAUAAGCCUAUUAUAUGUCGAAAAAUAGUUUUGAAUAUUAUAAUAUAGAUGGCACUACCUCUAUUGAGUCAGCUAUAUGUAUACGACGCCAUCAGUACUCAGCUGAAAAUCGUGCAAAAAUGAAUGGUUCCGAAAUCUUUUGCAAGUGGCAAAAAAGUCAUUGACAUAGUAACAGAUUUGACUACUUGCUAUUAUAAUGACGGUUAUAACAGCAUAAUGAAAAUAAUGGAAGUUAUAAUGGUUUUAAACCUCGCUGUAGGUCCAACUUGUUAUGAUUUCUGUCAAGAAACGGAUGCGCGUCACGUCAUAUUCGCCGAACGGGGCCUCACAGACAAGGCUAAAGACGCGAGAAGAGCUUCAUUAUUAGAACAAAAAAAAGCUGAUGAGGCAGCUACGUCGAAGGACAGGUACAGCGUAAGCUAUCUCGAAGAAAUCGUGCACGCAAAAUGACGACUCCAAAAAAAAGUCGAUUGCGGAUGUGUGCCAGUACGCC